AUGCGCCGCCUUCAGCAGCAACUCGGGCACUGUGCUUGGACCGCGGGCCUGCUUUCGAACACCAGCCGACACGUGAACUUAUCAGCCAUAGGGGUAGACGUCGUGACUUUGCCGUCGCCGCCGUCAGAGCCUCCUUCUGUGCCUCUAGCCUCUGUCGCAACCACUUUUCCUGAUGUGCUGAAGGCUGCACCCGCUGCACCCGUGGCACCGAAGGUUGCACCCGCUGCACCCGUGGCACCGAAGGCUGUACCCGCGGCACCGAAGGCUGCACCCGCUGCACCCGUGGCACCGAAGGUUGUACCCGCUGCACCCGCUGCACCCGUGGCACCGAAGGUUGUACCCGCUGCACCCGUGGCACCGAAGGCUGCACCUGCUGCACCCGUGGCACCGAAGGUUGUACCCGCUGCACCCGUGGCACCGAAGGUUGUACCCGCUGCACCCGUGGCACCGAAGGCUGCACCUGCUGCACCCGUGGCACCGAAGGUUGUACCCGCUGCACCCGUGGCACCGAAGGUUGCACCCGCUGCACCCGUGGCACCGAAGGUUGUACCCGCUGCACCCGUGGCACCGAAGGCUGCACCUGCUGCACCCGUGGCACCGAAGGUUGUACCCGCUGCACCCGUGGCACCGAAGGUUGUACCCGCUGCACCCGUGGCACCGAAGGCUGCACCUGCUGCACCCGUGGCACCGAAGGUUGUACCCGCUGCACCCGUGGCACCGAAGGCUGCACCCGCUGCACCCGUGGCACCGAAGGCUGCACCUGCUGCACCCGUGGCACCGAAGGUUGUACCCGCUGCACCCGUGGCACCGAAGGUUGUACCCGCUGCACCCGUGGCACCGAAGGCUGCACCUGCUGCACCCGUGGCACCGAAGGUUGUACCCGCUGCACCCGUGGCACCGAAGGCUGCACCCGCUGCACCCGUGGCACCGAAGGUUGUACCCGCUGCACCCGUGGCACCGAAGGCUGCACCUGCUGCACCCGUGGCACCGAAGGUUGUACCCGCUGCACCCGUGGCACCGAAGGUUGUACCCGCUGCACCCGUGGCACCGAAGGCUGCACCUGCUGCACCCGUGGCACCGAAGGUUGUACCCGCUGCACCCGUGGCACCGAAGGCUGCACCCGCUGCACCCGUGGCACCGAAGGCUGCACCCGCUGCACCCGUGGCACCGAAGGUUGUACCCGCUGCACCCGUGGCACCGAAGGCUGCACCUGCUGCACCCGUGGCACCGAAGGUUGUACCCGCUGCACCCGUGGCACCGAAGGCUGCACCCGCUGCACCCGUGGCACCGAAGGCUGCACCCGCUGCACCCGUGGCACCGAAGGUUGUACCCGCUGCACCCGUGGCACCGAAGGCUGCACCUGCUGCACCCGUGGCACCGAAGGUUGUACCCGCUGCACCCGUGGCACCGAAGGUUGUACCCGCUGCACCCGUGGCACCGAAGGCUGCACCUGCUGCACCCGUGGCACCGAAGGUUGUACCCGCUGCACCCGUGGCACCGAAGGCUGCACCUGCUGCACCCGUGGCACCGAAGGUUGUACCCGCUGCACCCGCGGCACCGAAGGCUGCACCCGCCGCACCCGUGGCACCGAAGGCUGCACCUGCUGCACCCGUGGCACCGAAGGUUGUACCCGCUGCACCCGUGGCACCGAAGGCUGCACCCGCCGCACCCGUGGCACCGAAGGUUGUACCCGCCGCACCCAACGUCUCAAGGUGGACACGGUGGCAAAGAAGACCCGUUGCGGGAGCAAGUAACACUCUUGAAAACCAGAGGCCCUCAAGCCAAGGUGCUCAUCCUCAGCCCACUGAGCGACAGCAGGCUGAUGCGAAACACGUUGUGGCAUGCGUGCCUUCUGUACAGCAGUUUCCUCACCGAACUGCUUCCGAACGUCCUGCGGCGCCUCCCCCUCCUUCCUCACCACCACCGGCGCCGUCUCUAUCUACCGCACCUCUAGCACCAUCAACUCCACCGUCUACGUCGUCGGCACACACUACCAUCGCUCCUCCCUCUGUAAGUGCGGUGGCUGAAGCUGACAGUGAGGCGACCGAUGAGAAACUUUUCGAGGCUCUUCAACCCUCGCUCUCGACACGCAUUGAGGCUGCCGUGCGACAGGGCAAAGCAGCGUACUUGCUGACGGCGUCUCGUACAGCUCAGCAGCCACAGGUGGAACAACUGGAGCAGCGUAUUCUUCGCACGGACACAGAAGCGCGUGCUGAUUCGUCCGAGCUUAUCGAAGGAGGGGCUACCGGGGAUUGGGCAUGCGCUAAGCGAGAGGAGUGGCUGCUGCCACUUCCGGGAUUCAUCUCCAGCAGUAUCGAUCGGCAUGAAAUCCCAGCUGAGUUGGGAGGUGAUGACGGCAGCAACGUCGCUGAGUGCACCACUGAGAGGUCGACCGCUAAUGACUUUUCUCGAAAAGAGACCACCACGGCACCUGCAGACGCUGCACCGCUGCUCUCUGCACUUGCACCCGAGUUGUUCGAGAGCGCCACAGUGGAGCGCUUGCCUAUCGAUGUGUGGUUCGGUGCGGACGCCGCAAGCUGUGGGAAGGGCGCAACUGCACCACAGCGACCACGAGUCACGGACAACAGUGAUGUAUGCCUUGUGGUGUCAACUUCUGUCACACCUCAAAAGUACGCGAUCACAGUGCAGCUGCGAGAGCCGCCGUCGAGCCCGAUGGCCUGCGUUCAAGCGGUUGCGGGAGCAUUGGACACGGUAGAAGCGCACUGCAACACAGCUGUGACCUCCCACACCGCAACCAGCGUUGAUUCCGCACUGAAGAUAGCGCCGGCUAUUACGGUUACAUGGUGCGCUUUGCCGCACUGCUCUUUCUUCGCGGCGGCCCAGAGCCCGGCAGAGCUGCCGUUGUCGCAGCGUGUGGACUAUGUGACGGCCAAGGAGACGGUUAUGGAGCGCUUCAACUGCCUUGUAGCACGAUUCAGAGAACGCGUGCAUUUUGCAGCAGUUGUCAGCAGCGGGUCUGUGCUGGACUUCGGCGCGGAGGUGUUUUUCGCUUGCGUGGAGCGGCGGUUGCUUUCUCUGCAAGCGGCGGUGUGUGACGGCGGUGAUGAGGCGGCAGCUCCGGUGGGGUCGUCUUUGCCUUCCGUUUCCACCAUCUCUGUUGGGUUCCCGCUGAGCCGCGUAGGCAUUUUUCCUUCGACUUCUACGGUGGUUUCCAUGCGACGUCUCUGCGGGUCACUCCACACGGUGAAGUGGAUACCCGUGCUGCACACGUAUGACGCCAGUAGCCUGGCUGAUGUAGGUUUGCUGAGUCUCUCCGACGCCACCGCUGACGCAUCGGACAAGAGUAGGACGAAGCAAUGGACUCUGCUGCUUGAGCAGCUCAUUAUUGAGCGCGUGUGCCAAUCUCCUGUGCAACGCCGGUGGGCCAUCGAGAUGCUCUUGUGGAGUCGUAGCUUUCAUGACGCUGCAGUGCGUCACAAGGCAGCUGGCGCCAUGUCAGCGGACAUCGCAGACGCUUGGCACAAGUACGCAAUCGGGGCUCUUAGCCGGAAUCCAUUAUCCACAGAAUUGGAUACUGCACGCGGAGAUGCUGGAAGCGUCACCAGAGUUCAUCUACUUCUCACAACACCCCCUUGCAAAGGCGCCGCUCAUGCUCUGCAGGUACACGCUCGGUCUCUGCGGCGCUCACUGCCUCCUCUACCACACCACCGCUUCCUUGCCUUCCCGCGCGUGCAGUAUUCUCUGUGGAUGGAUAAAGUGCAAACACUGACCGCUGAAAAGUCCGUUGGAGCUGUCGUGCUGCUCGACUGCUCUGAGAAGGCUGUGACGGACACGUUGAAUUUGGUGAAGACGCACCUCGUUGGCACCGCCACACAGCGGGCUCGCUUGCCCUAUCUGAACUUCGUACUGAUUGGCGAGGCUGCCGCUACGCAGCGGAUGCUUCAGCACCUGCCCUGUGCUGCUGUCAUCUCCUCCGCAUCUGCGUUUUGCGAAAUGGGGCAUGCCUCCGUGCAGCAGGUGCGCCUGUACGUCUCGCCCAAUUGGCCGGCAGAUCUUCAGCAGGACACUUUGUUGGCAGCACUGACUUACCUCAAGCGCCGCGGAGUACCUCAUGUCGUUGCCGCCAGCGCGGCACCACAGCGGCUCCUGCUAGCACUGUGCAAUGAGGCGGUGUUGAUCGCACGUUCGCUGCCUGAUGCCACGGUUGUCGAGUCUGCCGCUAAGGAGCAGCUGGGUCUGUGCUUGGGACCCUUCCAGCUCAUGGACGCUUACGGCACCGUUACGGUUGCUACCAUGGCGGCAGACGAGCGGACGCGCACCGCGGCGGCCAGCGACGCAGGGGCUCGAGCCGCCGUGACCCCUGCGCACCCACUGGAAAGUUGCAUGCGGUCCAUGGCCCGUGAGGGGCUCCUCGGAGCAAGAGGCGCACGUGGCGGUUUCUACGGCCCCGCUGUGGCAAUGAACCGAGGAGGCGCUGCUGCUCCACUGCUUCGCGAGGCGGUGCUAAGCACGUACGUCCGCCACCACAUGACCCCAAUUCAGGUGGGCAACCGACUUCGCGCGGCUGUGCUAAACGUGGCCUGUGAGCUACUGACCCGCGGAGAGGUGCAGCUGGUCGAUGAUGUUGACCUGCUGUCGAUGAGUGCCCUCGGGUGGCGGGAGGAGACGGGCGGGGUUCUUUAUCAGGUGGAUCAGUUGGGGGCGGAUGCUCUUCCACGGUUGGUGGAGCACAUGACGUGCUUGGCUUCCACAGGUAGUGCACCACACCUUGCUCCUCACCCAUUGCUGUUGCGCAUGGUGGCAGAGAAGGUGCGCUUCGCCAAUCUGCAUGAUAGUGGUUUGCUGUGA